UUUCUUAAAGCACGGCCCUAUAUUGAACCUUUCCAUCCCAUAUUACCCUAUAGGGAGGAUGGGGAAUUAGAGGAGGGGGAGCUGGAAGAUGACGGUGCCGAGGAGACCCCAGAACCUCGACCCACCCGGAGUCGAAGGGAAAAGGGGGAGAGACACGGGAGCGACUCGGAUGGGGAGAGAUCGCAUCGACGCGGCAAGAGAAAGAGGAGAAAAGAGAGAGAAAAGGAGAAAAGGAGAGCCAAAAAGAAGAGGAAAUCCAAGCACAAGCGACACGCAUCCUCCAGUGAUGACUUCUCCGAUGACAGCGAUGAUUCUGAUUUCAGCCCUGGAGAGAAGGGGGGGCAUCGUCGGUACCGGGACUACAGCCCCCCCUACGUCCCUCCCCACCAGCCCUAUUCCUCCUCCCACAACGCCCCCAUGCAGAAGAAGCCAUAUUCCAAGAUGGAACCCAAAGGCUACGGAUCCUAUGAAGACUACGAGGCCGAAGAUUACGGCCGCUAUGAGGGUGAGGAUGAUGAGGAUGGGCCGAAGGACGACUACGAUGACUUUACCAAAGAGCUGAACCAAUAUCGAAGGGCGAAGGAGGGAUCGCAUCGAGGCCGAGGUGGUCGUGGUCGUGGCCGUGGGUUCCGGGGUCGUGGCCGUGGAUGUAUGAGGGGUGGACGAGGAAUGGGAAGGGGGAAUCGAGGUCGGGGUCGAGGGGAUCAUAUGGAGGAUGAGGAGGAGAUGUAUGAGGAAGAGAUGGAGGAUGGUGGAGGUGGCAAUUACCGCCGUGGGGACCACGACAAGGGACACCCCCCUGCAGACAAGAAGGGCAAAGUCAUCUGCAAGUACUUCGUGGAGGGUCGUUGUACAUGGGGUGAACACUGUAACUUCAGCCACGACAUUGAGCUGCCUAAAAAGAGAGAGCUGUGCAAGUUCUACAUCACCGGGUACUGUGCGAGGGCUGAGAACUGCCCCUAUAUGCACGAUAUCCUUUGGGAUCGAUGGAAGAAAUGGGGUAAAAUAGCCCAAAAAAGGGCAAAAAGUCAAUGGGAAUGGAUAGAAAGAGGGGCUGAGAAGUCCAGAUUUGGGGCUGAAAAAUGGCUUUUUGGGGCUCAGGUCUCCUCUCUAAGCCCCAUUUCCUCCUCUUACAGGCACCCAGGACCCCCCCCACCCCGCUUCCCUGGGCCUGGAGGACCCCCAGGCCCUAUGGGUGGGCCCAUGCACCCUGACAUGCAUCCAGACAUGCAUCCAGACAUGCAUCCAGAUAUGCAUCCAGAUAUGCACCCAGAUAUGCACCCAGACAUGCAUCCAGACAUGCAUCCAGACAUGCGUCAUGACAUGCAUCCUGACAUGCAUCCUGACAUGCAUCCAGACAUGCAUCCCGAUAUGCCUAUGGGGCCGGGCCCCCCCAUGCUGCCCUAUAGCCCCGAGGGUUCCCCACACGGUGCCCUCCUGCCCCCCGGUGCUGCCCCCCCACAGGGUUACUAUGAUGGAUUCUAUGGGCCCCCCCCGGAGGGGAUGGAGAUGGAGCAUGGAGCCAUGGGGGGGUCAGGUAUGUGUGCCCCUAUUUGGGGCUGUGAUGCUGCCCUAUGGUACUCCAGCGAUGAGGAUGAAGGUGGCAGCGUCUCAUCCAUCCUACGUACCCUCCGGCAGCAAAGCGGCGCUUUGGGGCCACCCCAUCCUUCUAUGGGGCCGCCCCCUGGUUCUAUGGGGCCGCCCCACACCGCAGACCCCCGGCUUCAGAAAGCAGCAGCAAUGGGAGGAGGGGGGCGACCAGCAGACCCCCGUCUGCGAGACCCCCGUUUGGCCCGGCACAAAACAGAACCAUCUCACCCCAAACCAGAAGAUUAUCCCAAAACGGACCCGAAUUACCCUAAAACGGAGCCGGAUUAUCCCAAAACAGAAGCGGAUUAUCCCAAAACGGAUCCUCACAACCCCAAAACGGACCUUUCUCACCCCAAAACCGACCCCAUCCCCAAAUCACGCCUCCCCGACGAGGAAGACGACGCCGACCCCGAGCGUUCGUUACGGGACCGUCCCAUCGUCAUCCCAUUGGAACCACCACCGGGACAAUCACCGCGGGACCCCCGGUGUCACCGACAACGUUUCGCCCCCACCCCACGGGAUCUCACCCUCAUCAAACCCCCCUUCGCCCGCAUGGUCUUAUGGAGCCCCGAGGAUCUCCUCCCUUUGCCCAUCCCCAUCCAGGAUGUCACCGUCACCCCCGGUGGAGACCCCCGGUUACACCGUAGUGACCCCCGGCAUCGAGCUCUCACCGCCGACCCCGGUGUGAUAACAGAACCCUCAUCCAAGAUACCGGAUUUCGAGCUCUUAUCUCGCAUCCUCCAGACGGUGAGCGCCGGUGGAGGUGAUAAACCAGCUGAUAUCACAGCUGAUAAGCAACCCGGUGAUAAAAGCACCGCCGGGCCCGGUGAUAAACUCAGCAGCGAUGCAUUCCCCAUUGAUAAACCCAUUGAUAAACCAAGCGGCGCCGAUCGCCCCAGCGACCCCCGCGUACGUAAACCCCCAUCAGACCCCAGGCUGCAGAAAGCUGCAGCCAAACCCACCGAGCACGGUGAGUCGGGUGAGGAUACGGGCGACGCUAUGGGUGAUGCUGGGACCCCUUUGGCACCCUACGACCCACGGUUGAGCCGUGGGGCGGCGCAGAGCCGGGUGUUGAGCGCUAUCAGUCUAUACGACCCGAGGACGGCGGUCAGUGACGGACGUGGGAAGGAACAACCCUACAGUCGUCGUUCGCCGUUGGCGCAAGCGGAACCGGCACAGGAUCGAUACAACAGCUACAACAGGCCACGGCCACGGGGGGCGGCUGGGAACAGUGGGGGCAGUGGGGCAGCAGAGGGCACAGAGCAGGAGGAGACGGACAGCACCGCGUCGCUCAAGGAUGUCUUCAAGGGCUUCGACCCCACGGCGUCGCCCUUUGGGCAGUAGGGGUGGUGGUUGUCGGGCUGUCAUGGCAGUGGUUGGGUUGUAGGGGAUGUGUUGGGUUGUAGGGGCUGUGGUUGGGUUGUAGG